AUGUCGUUAGCUAUUUCUUUUGACAAAGGUAAGGGCCAUGCUCAGGCAGUCACCUUUGCCAAUAAUUUCAAGAUCGCCUUAGGGCUCGAAUAUGCUGCAAAGGGAACUAAGACUACUGUUAACGAAGAUAACGUGGGACCAGCUUUGAUCCAAGGUGAAUCAUUCCGUUUAUUUGAUUCUAAUGCAAUUUUGAGAUAUUUGCUCAAUGAUUUUGCUCCUCAACAAGUCGAUGAAUACGAAUACGCAUUAUCUUCUCUCGAGCACCUUUUACACCAGAAACAAGUGCCUAAGGAACAUGCUGAUGAAUGCGUCGAUAAGGCUUUAAACAAUUACUUGACCAGUUUGGAAGAACCAUUAUCUGCUACUAGAUUGAUAAGUUUUGUUAAUGCUUACAGUUUGAACCCUGAUGCUGUAAAGGCUAGAUUCCCACAAUUACCACAAGGAAUUUCCAAGGCACUAGCCUCCGCUGAGAAGAGUACACCUCGUUCAGCUCAAAAAGUGGAAAGAACAGGUGCUCAGCAUGUCGAGGAAGGUUUCCUAGUGAAAGAUCAAGGUGAGGAAAUUCUACCACAGAAAGGUGAAAAGAACAUCAUUAUCACAUCUGCGCUUCCAUAUGUCAACAACGUCCCACAUUUGGGUAACAUUGUCGGUAGUGUUCUUUCAGCUGAUAUCUUUGCUCGUUACUGUAAGGCAAGAAAUUACAACACUUUGUUUAUCUGUGGUACCGAUGAGUACGGUACCGCCACAGAGACUAAGGCACUAGAGGAAAAGGUGACCCCCUUAGAACUUUGUACCAAAUACCACAAGAUCCAUAAGGAGGUUUACGAUUGGUUCCAGGUGGGUUUCGAUUAUUUCGGUAGAACUACUACCCCACUACAGACCGAAAUUGCUCAAGAUAUCUUUAGCAAAUUGAACGAUAAUGGAUUUUUGGAGGAACAAACUAUGAAGCAGCUGUAUUGUCCAGUGCAUAACUCUUUCUUAGCUGAUAGAUUCGUGGAAGGUGAAUGUCCUAAAUGUCAUUACGAAGAUGCUCGUGGUGAUCAAUGUGAUAAAUGUGGUGGCCUGUUGGAUCCAUUUGAAUUGAUUAAUCCUCGUUGUAAAUUGGAUAAUGCUGAACCUGAAGUUAAAUAUUCUGACCACAUCUUUUUGUCGUUGGAUAAAUUGGAAGGAAGAGUUGCAGAUUGGGUCAACAAGAAAUCUGAAGAAGGUUUCUGGUCUAAGAAUUCUAAGACUAUUACUCAAUCUUGGUUGAAGGAUGGUUUAAGACCUCGUUGUAUCACUAGAGAUUUGAUCUGGGGUACACCAGUUCCCUUGGAAAAAUAUAAGGAUAAAGUGCUUUACGUGUGGUUCGAUGCUACCAUCGGUUAUUUGUCCAUAACGGCAAAUUACACCAAACAUUGGCAAAAAUGGUGGAAGAACCCAGAAGACGUUAACCUUUACCAAUUCAUGGGUAAGGAUAACGUUCCGUUCCAUACAGUGAUUUUCCCAGCAUCGCAAAUAGGUACCGGUGACCAGUGGACCAUGUUACAUCAUUUGAACACCACUGAAUAUUUGCAAUACGAAGGUGGUAAAUUCUCCAAGAGUAGAAAUAUCGGUGUCUUUGGUAACAAUGCUAAGGAUUCAGGAGUCUCGCCAAGUGUCUGGAGAUACUAUUUGACAAGUGUAAGACCAGAAUCCAGCGAUUCUCACUUCUCGUGGGACGAUUUCGUUACCAAGAACAACAGUGAAUUGCUAGCGAACUUGGGUAACUUCGUUAACAGAUUGGUUAAGUUUGUCAACGCCAAGUACAACGGUGUGGUGCCCGAUUACGACGUUAAGAAUCUACCUGGAUUUGAUUCUCUCAAAUCAGAUAUCUCUCAAAUUUUAGGCAGUUACAUUGCGGAGAUGGAACCUGCACAUGAAAGACGUGGUCUAGAGCUUGCUAUGUCCUUAAGUGCUCGUGGUAAUCAAUUCCUACAGGAGAACAGGCUAGACAACAACUUGUUCUCUAAUUUCCCAGCUAAAUCUGACGCUGUUGUUGGUGUAGGUUUGAACAUUGUGUAUGCGGUGGCUUCAGUUAUCGGCCCCUUCUUGCCAGAAGCUGCAGAGAAGAUUUACCGUAUGCUGAACGCCCCACCUCUAAAGAUUGACGAUGAAUUCCACUUAGCCAUCUUGAAGGGUCACAAUAUCAACCCUGCAGAAUACCUUUUCCAACGUAUUGACGAAAAGCAAAUCGAUGCAUGGAGAAAGCAAUAUGGUGGCGGUUCGCAACAGUGA